CCGAUGCCCACAAAAGACGUCCCAACACGCCGUUGUGGCAGCGACGACCCGCCGAUGGUCGCCUCGACGGCAGCAAUCGCCGCCCAGUUGGAGCCGACCGGCACCGUCUUCCCCAGACCCCUUAUUCCAUGUCUCCUCCCCCGCAUGCACCCCUCUUGAAUCUUCGUCCACGCGACAUUUCCCCAAAAUUCCCAACACUGCAGGCUUCGGCUCUGAUCGCUGUAAAGACAUCAUGGCUGCUACUGUCAAGGCCCCGGCGGCCGAGCUCUGGAGACAUCCAGACCCGACCUCGACACACAUGUACAAGUUCCUCGAAUCCGUCAGGGACAAGUACACACUCGAUAUCAACGACUAUCCGGGCCUUUACAAAUGGUCUGUCGACAACAUUGCAGACUUUUGGGACCAGGUGUGGCACUUCUGCGGCAUCAAAGCCUCUCAACCUUACACGGAAGUUCUACCUGCCAAUGCGGCAAUGUAUCCACGGCCAGAUUUCUUUGCCGGGGCCCGGCUCAACUUUGCUGAGAACCUGCUCUUUCCAGCAAAGGCAGAAGUUUCCGACUCUGGCGUGGCUGUCAUCACUGCGACCGAACUGGAGGAUCGUCCGCGGGAAACGACCUGGGCCGAGCUCAGAGAGGCCGUUCGGCAGUGCUCAAACGUGCUGAGAGCGUCCGGUCUGAAGCCCAAGGACGUCGUGGCCUGCUUUGUCUCAAACCACGUCGAAGCCAUGGUUGCCAUGCUUGCAGCCACGUCCAUUGGUGCCAUCUGGACAGGCAUCAGCCCAGACACGGGAGUGAGUGCGGUUCUGGACCGGCUCGCCCAGAUCGAGCCCAAGGUGCUCUUUGCGGACAAUGGCAUGGUGUAUAACGGCAAGGAGUGGUCGAGUACAGCAAAGACAGCAGAGAUUGUGGAUGUGCUUGUCACGAAAGGGCUCAAGACGGUUGUGGUCAUAAACAACAUUUCGGUGCCCUUGGAUUUGGACGUACUGGAGAGCAAAGGCGUCAAGGCAGUCGAGUACGAGGCUUUUCUGAAGAGUUCCGGGCCCGAGAAGCUGCAGUUCGAGCAGCUGCCACCUUCGCAUCCUCUCUAUGUACUGUACUCGAGUGGCACGACUGGCCUGCCCAAGGCCAUUGUGCAUACCGUUGCCGGCACCCUGCUCCAGCACAAGAAAGAGCACCACCUCCACUGCGAUAUGGACUCAAGCUCGCGAAUGCUAUACUUCAGCACCGUUAGUUGGAUGAUGUGGCACUUUGCCGCUUCUGCAUUGGCCUGCGGCUCGUCCCUUGUGCUCUAUUCUGGCAGCCCUUUCAGGCCCAACGGGUUCCUGUCAAUGCCCAAGCUCAUCGAGCAGCUCAAGAUCACCCAUUUCGGAACAUCGGCAGCCUACUUGACGACGCUCGAGGCAAACAAUGUCAAACCGAUGGAGAACUAUGAUCUGUCACAUCUACAAGCUAUAUACUCAACCGCCUCACCACUUCCGCCGUCUACAUUCUCGUACAUCUACGAGGCAUUCCCAUCACACAUCAACUUGGGAUCCAUCACUGGAGGCACCGACAUAAUUUCUCUGUUCGGCGCCCCUUGCCCCCUGCUGCCUGUCCGUGUGGGCGAGAUCCAGUGCGCCGGCCUGGGCAUGGCAAUUGGUGUGGCCGAUGCCAUUACAGGCGAGCCCACGCCUGGAGAGGACGGCGAGCUGGUCUGCACAAAGCCCUUCCCCUGCCAGCCCCUGACAUUCUGGGGCGCAAAUGGCGACGAGAAGUACAAGUCGAGCUACUUUGACAGGUUUGAGGGGAUUUGGCAUCACGGCGAUUUCGUCCGCAUUGACCCACAGACGGGCGGCCUGACUAUGCUCGGGCGCAGCGACGGCGUGCUGAAGCCCUCGGGUGUCAGGUUCGGCAGUGCGGAGAUCUACAACAUCCUCACGCGUUUCUUUGCUAGUGAAGUCGAGGAUGCGGUGUGCGUCGGCAGGCGGCGGGAGACCGAUCGGGACGAGACAGUAUGUCUCUUUGUAGUGAUGCGUGAAGAUGUCCAAUUCUCGGAUGACCUGCGCACCCGCCUCAAGACCGUCAUCAGGAAGGAACUCAGUCCACGUCACGUCCCUGGAGUUGUUGAGGAGUGUGGUCCAGCUGGAAUCCCCAAGACGGGGAAUGGCAAGAAGAUCGAGGUCGCCGUGAAGCAGAUCAUCUCAGGCAUCAAGAUCAAGACAAAUGCCAGUGUGGCGAACCCAGAAGCACUGGCGUGGUUCGAAUCUUGGGCCGCCUCACAGUCUUAAGCAUUUGCAAGGGAACCGGGACAGCCAUAGACCCUAUUGUGCGAGGGUUCAUUCUUUUCUGCAUGGUCUGGGAGACAAAAUGAUAGAUGGCUCGGUUUAGGCCAAGUUAAUAGACAACGUAUUGCAACUCCUGUGAGUGGUUGAAUUCCGAGGCUGGCGGUAAUCACUGCCCGCUGGCGCCGUGUCAUUCGCUGCAUGAGGCCUCUGCACGAUCUGCCGUCGAUAAUCAUACUCAUUCCCAUCC